AUGUCGACCCCAAAACACAUCUGUCAAGUUGUCAAAUUGAAGCCAUCUUCCGCUGUGUGGCCUGGCGUACUUGCGGCGCUUGAACAUGCCCGUAUUGUCGACUACUCCAUCCAUUAUUAUGCACCACUUCGUCUGCUCAUUGCCUACAUGAAGUACACUGGUACUGAUUAUGAGGUCGACAUGAAGAAAGUUGCCGAAGAUCCCGAGACGCAGAGGUGGUGGGCGAUGACAGAUGGAAUGCAGGAGAGUCUGAUUGAAGGCGCUACCGGUAGCGGGAGGGAUAUACCGUGGUGGGCUGCGUAUAUUUUUGCUACGGACAUUCCUAUACUAACGGGUCAAAUACAGGAUGUCGAAGAGGUUUUCAGGUUCGAGGGACAGCCUUAG